CAUAACUACGUAGUUCGUCAAGAGGUGCGGUAUCUCUUCCAAAGAAGUCGAUGUCUUUCUACGAAUGAUAAGACACGACUUGAGGAAGAGAAGAAGAGGAAGAAGAAGAAGAAGAAGAAGAGGAAGGAGCAUCGUCGGUGUUGUUAGGAAAAAUCGAUAGAUCGAAAAAGAAGAAGGAUGACUGAAGGAACGAUGACUGAAUAUGAAGAGAACGUGUCCUUCGAUGCCGACGACCCGGACUUUGCUCCAAAGGUUGCUGCCCAUCAUAUUGUUGUAGCACAGACUGUCCUUCGUAGCGUUCACUUUACCGACAUUACCUUCGGAGUCGACAAACUAGCAACAACAUAUCAAAACAAUAUGUCUGUCACUUCGGUACAACCAACUUCCGAAAGUCUUUCACGUCAUGGAAGCAACAUUUCUCUCUCUUGUCACAGUUUAUGUGAUAGCGUGGAUAGCAAUAACCAGGGUUCGCAUCCGCAAUAUCAAGACACGAUUUUAACCAUAGAAGAACUCCGUGCUCAAUUGAACUCAUGUUUUACGUGUGGGGUCUCUUGGAGUCAAGACCACGUUUCUCUGGAUUGCAGUGAAUGCGGAGGUUAUUCUCUUCAACGACCUUGUCCGCUUUGCGAUGGACGUUGUCGUAAGGAAUGGAAACGUGAUCUCACCAUGUCUCAUGCGAGUGGCAAAGCAAGAUGGGACGGUGAAUGUGGUUUAUGUUGUGGACCUGCAGUUGAAGAAUCUUUGGUACCAGCUUUAGAAAAGCUUAGGGCAACCUCGUGAAUUUUCAUCGAUUAAAAUAUUAUCAUCGUCGUCGUCCUCGUCGUCGUCAUAAUUGUCAUCUCGUUAUCGUCGUUGCAUCGUUGAUAAUUUGUCGAACAAGCAUUCAUCGGUUUUCAUCUUUCGUCGUUGUCGAAUCGAAAUGAAACAAAAUGAAAUGAAAUGAAACGAAACGAACAACAACAACAACUACUACUAUGCAAAUCAUUGCACAAGACUUAAUAAUUCAUCUCACCAAUUUCAUUUAGCAUUUCUUCAUCAUUCUGUGAUUAUCAUCAUCAUUAUCAUUCAUCGUCAUCAUUAUCAUUAUCAUCAUCGUUGCAAUGUGAGAUGUGUGAAUGUGAAUUACGUUUUAAAUUUAUUAUGAAAGAAAGAAAGAAAGAAAGAAAGAAAGCGAAAGAGAAAAUGAAAGUUAAGAUAAAAACGUUCGUACAAAUUUGAACAAAACAAAUAAAAAUGAUGAAGAAGAAGAAGAAGAAGAAAAUGAAUUAUACAGUUAAAUUUAUCGAUACGAAUUUUUAAUGAAUAUUGAAAUAAACAAAAAAAUAUAUAUAUAUAUAUAAGAAGAAAGUAUCAUUGAAAUUCUUGCACUAAUAAUAGAAAACAAUUUUAUCUUCAAAAAUUCAUUGAAUAUUUAUAUCUUCGUUGAGUGAAAAUUUACUUCCAUCAUUCUCUUUAAAAAAAAAAAAAAAGAGG